UGGUGGUGGUGACCGAGCCGAGAUUGAGUGGAGAGAGGUCUGCUGAUAAAGCCGUCACUUUGCGGUGGUUCCCAGCCACGUUCUGAACGCUCGUCGCCAGGAGGGAGGAGAGGAGAGGGGUCGUUACUUUCCCUCCGUCCUGCAGCUGGUCGACCAGGCUACAUGGUGUGUGUUUCCUGCCCGGAGUGUGGAUGUGUGGGUGUCCAGAGAUGGAGAGCUAUGAGGAAUUCUGUCUGCGGAGUUUGGCUCUGUUGCAGGAAGAGGGGAAGUUCAAGACGAAAACAUGUGAGCCACUGUGCUCCCUGAAGGAUUGCUCUGUCAUCCGCUUCCAUGGGAGGGCUGUGCUCUCCCCUCUGCUGAGUGCAGAGCGGCGCCGUGAGAUGUGCAGCUACAGACAAAAUGCCGUCAAACUGGAGGAAGACAGACGGAACCGGCAGAGAAACAAGCCUCCGACCCCGGUUCAGGUCAUUCUGGAGCAAGUUCAGAAAUCACCAAGUCAUGAGGCUAAUAAGCUCCCAGUUUCCAAAUCGUCUACUGUAAAUGGCUACACUCUGGUUACUGACUCACCCGGGCUUCCCAGAGACCCCGGCUCUGGAGUUCAGACCAAUCAGCAGCCUGCCGUGCCGUCCUCCGAAACCCCCAUCCUGAAUGGUCACAAGCCAAAGGAGGAAGUCAAGGUGGAGAACCAAGAGAAGACUGAAGAGGAGGAAGAGGAAGAGGAGGAAGAAGAGGACAUUAGCCUGGACAGCCUUCUUAAGAGAUCCAGGGAGUAUGUGAAGCGAGAGCAGAGUCAGCAGGAAUCAAAAACGGUCCAGGCGGUCCCGGAGCCUGCUCUGCCUGAGCCCAUCCUUGUGGAGAAAGACAAGAGCCACAGUCCAGUGGGCGUAGAGUUCGGAUUCAGUCUGCACCAUAGUCCUGUUGGCGCCCCUCCAGUUCAGCAUCAGGCUCUGUAUGACCCCAGUCCUCAUAAGUCCGUCUGCCUCUCACCAAACUUUCCAGAGCCAUAUGCCUGUCUUCCCAGUCCAGAGUCCUGCAACAGUCCGAGGCCGCAGAGACGCAGGCCACGUCCAGUUUCCACCGGGAACAUCCACAUUUCAUUCCCCAUCGGUCCUGCUGACCUCGUCCCUCGCAGUCCGGGGAGACUGGGCGAAGGCGGUGCGGCGGCGGACUGGGGGGCCGCUUCUUUGGGAGACUCAAUGUUCAGUGGUCACUGGGACGAUACAAGCAGGACCGGCAAUCGUAGAUCCAGUCACUGUGGUACUAGUCCAGUGCAGGAGACCUGCAGCCCUGUUAGUGCCUCAGUCCCCAGCUCGAUGGGACGCCACGACCAUCUCGCCGCGGGAUUCCGCCGACGUUGCCACACCCUGGACAGCCAGCUGCACACCUACGGCUCCGGUGUUGAGCACGUAGACCGGAGUCAAGAGAGGGUCCCUCGCUUCAUGGCAGGAGUUACGCUGCUGGCUCCAAGUCGUCGCCCCCCAUCGGUUCCCCUGAAUCAAUCUUUCGAGGUUGAGACUCCAUCACCAACGUUCCGGAGGCCUUGUGUGACUCCUGAGUUUGCUCACGUUGCUCCUCGGAUGGAGCUCAGUGAUUCUCAGGGGCUCAGUAAUGACAGGAAAACACCAACUGCCCUUAGAAGUACAGCUGAGACUCAGACCGACAAGACGGUGACAGAGGAGACACAGUGGCGAGCACAUGCUCUGGAGGACAUGAGGAGGCGUCUGGAUGAGGAGCAUGCCUUGCAGAUGUCCCUGCUCCUGGCCGAACAGGAGAAGGAGCAACACCGCCUCCAUCUGGAGCUUGAGGAGACGGAGAGAAGACUGAAUAACCAGGGAUGUGUUCGCCCUCUCUCUGGGGAUGCUGGCGGCUGGAAUCGUCGGUCUGUGAACAGCUGUCCUCUUGUGAGCCCCUCCUGCCCGGUAUUGAGUCCGAUCCACACACCAUCUGAGAGGCCCUCUGGAAACAGUAUAGGUUUCUCCAGUCCCAUUCCUUCUGCUGUAACCUCUCCUUCUGUCCAGUCUCCUGUUUAUCUCUGGGGAUCCAGCAGGGCAGGAAACAAACCUCGGGGACGGCUCAGUCUGGUUCUGACAGCAGAGCAGCAGAGAGCGUUCUGUCACAUCGGUGCCAUCGUCCGCGGCUUCCUCACACGACGGCUUCUCAAAACAGAGAAGCUCAAACACUUGCGCCAAACCGUCGUGGACACACAGGAAUUCAUCCGUUCAUUUCAAACAGAAGCUUCACAGAAAAGAGGCAUCUACUCAGCACAGGACCUCUCCCUGCAGGAGAGAGUUAGAGCCCAGUUGCGUGCUGCCCUGUACGAUAUCCAUGACAUCUUUUUCGAAAUGCCUCUGGUGGAUCGUUUGGCACUUCUGCAGCAGGAGAGGGAGCUCCGCGCCGAGAGGAAGCUUCGAGACAUGGAGAAAAACAAAGGCCACAAGGAGAGAGUGGUUCUUUCUACUGCAACACAGAGGUCCAUGGACAGGAAAAAGAGGGUGGGUGAAUCUCCAGCACAGGUCAGGAAGAUUCAACAGAAGCCAAAGAGCCCAACGAUCAACAGAGUCCUGAAGCCAAGUCAAGGCCAAAAUUCUCCUCUGACAGGCCAGCUUAAUCGCCAGGGGAGCUGGUACAGGAAGACUCCGGAGGAGAGAGUGCGGCGCUCAGACAGCCUGAAGAAGCAACACUCCUUGGGUUGACACAUGGCUGACACCUCCUCCAACCUCUUAACUUGAUUUUAUACUGUUAUAUUUCAAACAUUGCACCGGUGAAACACAUGUCAGCGCUGCUUACAAUAUGAUUGUCUUUUUAUGAUUGUAUUCACCUCCACCCUUUAACCCACUGAAAGGCGACGUCACCGUGCUAUUAUUUUACCUGUUGCUGCUUGAUGAAGUUAAUUUUUUGUUUUAGCACUUGACUGUCAUGCUAAAGAUGGUCAUGUGAUAAGAGUAUGUGAUAACUGGAGUGGAUUUGAAGAAACUAGUAGCUGUACUUAAUUGUAAAAUAUGUAAAACAAAAAAAUAUCUGUGCCUACAAACAAUGCCUUUGCUACUUGCCAUAUGUUAGCUUGCAUGUAAUCGCCAGAUGUUUCCACAAACCUGAAGUGCAUCGAGGUGGAAGUCACAUGCUGUGUUUUUUUUUCUGUGAAUAAGCAGUACUGAAGUGUGAAUGUCUGAAUUCGAUAUUUGUGGGACUUCUGUUCAAAGGGCUUGAGUACAUGUUUGCGCUUUGACUCUUCAUUUGAUGGAGUUUACAACACACUGAGUCAUUUUUACAUUAACAUUUGGCUGGAAAUGGUUCUUGACGAAAACGUCUAUAUGUAUUUGCUUUCAGUGUUGCUGCUAGACGAACGCAUCUGCAGGCAAUUGGAGAUACACAGAAAACAUUCUUUACCAAAAAUUAACCUGUGAAGAAAAUAGCAUUCAUGUAAAUACGAUAUAAGCACCUGUUAAUAAGAAGCUACCAUCACAUUCAGUGCACUGCUGCUUCUGCUUAGCUUUCAAUGUGUUGACUUUUUCCACGAUGUUGCUUUUCUUUACAAUAUUUUCCUUUUUUAAUUUUGUUUGGGACACCAAAUUUUCAUGUUUUGUACAAACACAA